AUGGAGAACGACUCCUCCUCCGACACGGCUGCCGACCCGCCCACUGCGACAGCCGAACCAACCCCUCGCUCGCUACAAGUCCCUCCAAAACCCGACCCCGACCCGCAGCCUGCGAAGCCCUCCAGUCGCCUGACCAUAAACACCGCUGCGCGGCCCUCGUUGCCUCCGUCGCCCGCCAUGGACUCGCCGCACCGCCGCUCCAGCUCCUACUAUAAUCGCAUUCCCAAGUCGCCCGGCGCCCCUCUCCCUAGCCCGCUCAACCGCAGCGCAAGCAGCCUCGGUGUGCGCCCAGCGUCGCCCGCGCUUUCGCGCCGCAGCUCCAUAGUCUCGCUCCAGGGAGCCGCCGCCGAAAGCACCCAUACCCCUAGAAAGUCCGUGACGCGACGCACAUCCGGCAACCUCAGAUCCACCUCGUCCGCGGCGCUGGCGUCCCCGCGUUCCGUCCCCGCCGAGGAGCCCGUGCCGCUCACGGCACAGAAGGUCGCCUGCGACUACUUCGCGAAAGAGCUUGAAUACCACAAGGGCGAGGAACUCUCUACACAAACGGUCGUUAUUCUGCACGAUGCUUGCUACGGUCACCGUUUCUCGCGCCCGAAGGCCACCAAGUCGGCGCUUAGCAUGAUCGUUGAGCGCCCGGAGCGCAUUCACGCCGGCAUUCUGGGAAUAUCAACGGCCUACGUGAGGUUCGCCGAGAGACAUGCAGGCGGUCCGCAUGCACCGCACCCGAAGCGCGACCCGCCCAAGGAGCUCCCGUUUACGAUCCGGCGCACGUCCCGCACGCUCGAUAUUACAUCCCCUAUCGUGACAAAUGUACAUGGAACCAAGUGGAUGGCGGAAUUGCAGACCAUGUGCAACACCACCACAGAGAAGUUGGCGUUGAACGGAAAGGAGCUUGUCAGGACAGACGAACCUGGCCAGCCUGAGAAGGAGAAGUUCCACGAGGGAGACCUAUAUCUCUCCCCAGAGUCCUUGAAUGCCUUCCAGGGUGCUCUUGGUGGCGUUUGCGACGGCAUCGAUGCCGUUUUCGCAGGCACCAAGGACAAGCCACGCAAUGCCUUCGUAUGUGUGCGCCCUCCCGGACACCAUUGCUCAGCGGACUUUCCGUCAGGUUUCUGCUGGCUGAACAACGUGCAUGUUGGCAUCGAGUAUGCAGCCCAGACCCACGGGCUCACGCAUGCUGCGAUCAUUGACUUCGACCUUCAUCAUGGCGAUGGCUCUCAGGCAAUCGCCUGGGAGCGUAACACCAAAGUGGCAAACAUGCCUGCCAAACAGCCUAAGAACGCACCGCCUCAGAAGAAGACUCAGAUUGGCUACUUUAGUCUUCACGAUAUCAACUCAUAUCCUUGCGAGUAUGGCGAGAUCGAUAAGGUCCAGGCGGCCAGUCUGUGCAUCGAGAACGCUCACGGCCAGACUGUCUGGAACGUGCACCUCCAGCCUUGGAAAACCGAAGAGGAAUUCUGGAAGUUGUACGAGACUCGAUACCUGACCCUGCUCGAGAAGGCUCGAGAUUUCCUACGAGCACACUCACAGCACCUUCGCGCUUCACCAAACCAGCCGCAACCUAAGGCUGCAAUAUUCAUCUCUGCCGGAUUCGAUGCGAGCGAGUGGGAAGGCCAGGGAAUGCAGAGGCACAAAGUCAAUGUGCCUACUGAUUUCUACGCCCGCUUUACGCACGACAUCGUCAAGUUGUCUCAAGAAGAGAAUCUUGGGGUUGACGGUAGGGUGAUUAGUGUGCUCGAGGGUGGCUACAGCGACCGCGCUUUGGCCAGUGGUGUUCUAAGCCAUCUGAGCGGUCUCUGCGAGGGCCAGAAGGUCCCCGCUACGAGGAAGGAAACUGCUGCGCUCAACGGAAUGAUGAUCGAUCGCACAGCUCUACAGCAAGCAUACGAGAACGGGGAGCAAACGCUUCGCUACAACGUCGAAUGGUGGCACGAGGCCAACCUGACGGCGCUUGAAACGAUGGUUUACCCCCCUCCUCCGGCUGCUCCCAAGAAGCAACAGAGAGGGCAGCAGGGCAACUUUGCAACGCCUACUCAGUCAUUCACUGCGAAGGUUGUUGACCCGGAAAAGUUCAUCCGUAACGCUUCUGGACACCUAGUCCCGAUUAGAGAGCUUCCGAGACCUCCCACACCCCCGCCACCGGAUGUCAACUGGAUCGUUGCGGCUCAUGAGCUCUGCAAGCUGCUUGUGCCCAGUGACCGUCAGACGAAGAGCUUCAGACCUGAAGAACUUGCCGAGCCGCGCAGCAAAAAGGACAAGUUACUUCCACCUGAGGUUCCUGUCAAUCCUACUGGUGGGAGGCAGUUGCGCGAGAGGAAGCCAAAGGUUACCGACUACUCUGAGGCCCCAUCGGACGACGAAAGAUCCCAACCAUUGUCCACAUUAGAUGCUGAUCGCCGGCGAACGAUGGGCGAUUACCCUGCUGGAAGAGACAAUGACCUACCCGACGUUCCUCAACUCCAACGGAGACAAAGUCUUGUUUCUGAAAUGGGCUCCGUCGCUGGAGAAUGUCCAACUGGCAAAGCAUCGACGGUCGCAUCAAGGCAACCGCCUGCGAAUGGGGUACAAGUGAAGAAGACUAGAGCCCCAAAGACGACCAAGCCAGACGCCACCGCGAAGCAACCACCGAGGCCCAUUGCCUCUAGAGCCUCAAACUAUGCGCAACCGAACAAGGCUUCUGCUGCAACAAAGACAGCCAAGGGAAAGGCAGAGAGUUCUGGCGAUGACGUGGAUCAGCUUACUUCGGGCAUUAAGAGAAUUACGUUGAAGAUGCCCACCAAGGAAGAGCAUGAUGCCCGCCAGGCAGCUGCUGCUGCGUCUGAGAAUGACACCAAGAAGCCAGCCGCACCCAAGACCACUAAAAAGGCACCAGCUGCUCGCAGCACCAAGACGGUGGGAGCGUCAAGGAGAGCUGGCGCAAAAGAGACGAAGGAGAUGAAGGAGACGAAGGAGACGAAGGAGACGAAAGAUGCAAAGAAGGCAAAGGAUGCGAAUGAGGCGAAAGAUGUGAUUGGGCUAAAGCCCACGCCGCCUCCGUCGGAACACACGGAGGAUGCAAUGUCCAUUGUGUCCUACACGUCUACGUCCAACCAGUCUGACCCUGCAGUUGCGGUUUCAGAGUCAACGCUGGCUGUCCCAGGGGGACUGGAGCCACAGCACGGACGGGCUCUCUCUCGCGCGUCCAUCGAAAACAUGGCAGAGCGGAUCAAGAACUCGUUCCCGCCGUCGCUAGCCUCACCUUCUGAGCUCUCGGAAGGAUCGACACCGCAGGGCCUCCUUGAGACGGCUGGACCUGUGCAUGUUCCAGAGGUGACGCCGCGGCCCGACUCGCCUCCUCCGCCUCCCCCGGCGACCAUGCCGCAGUUCAUCCAAUACGAGCCGGCAGAGAGUGGACAUGGUGGUACAGCCACGACUGAAGCUGACGCAGGUGAAGCGCAGCAGACAGUGGCCCUGCAGUGGCUGCCGCCGAACUCGGACCCUGAAGCUGGCGGUCGAUCGCAGGGGCCACCUCCAUCAUCGCCGGACCACAAGCAAAAGCAAGCACUGCCUGUGUUUAGCUCCAACAGCUUCAUUCCGUUCGGGCCGCCUACGAGCUCGAAGACCGGGGCUGACAGUGUCGUCACUGAGCGCGAGGAAACGGCGGAGGAUGUGAGGAACAUGCCGGAUGUUCCUGAAGCCAAGGAUUGA